AUGCCUCCUCCACCAGUCGCCAAACCAUCCCCAUCGCAAGCCGACUAUAUGGUCGGUUGGAUUUGCAUCAUCCCCGAAGAGUACUAUGCAGCCCUGGCAGUCCUGGACGAGCAAUACGACUCGAGCCAUAUCGUCCCUGGCCAGGGCGAUCGGACGUCGUAUGUUUUGGGCCGCAUGGGAGAGCAUGCGGUGGUCAUCAAUGUCCCGGCAGCGACUCACUACGGCGAACUCCACGCGAGCACGACUGCCAAAAACAUGAAGAGUACAUUUGCGCGGAUCCGAUUUGUCCUCCUCGUGGGAAUCGGCGGGGGCAUACCUUUAGGGCGUGAUCUCCGCUUGGGCGACGUGGUUCUGGGGACUCGUGUGAUCCCUUAUGCGUUCGGCAAAGAAACGGACUAUGGCUUUGUGCGAACCGGCCAGAUCUUGAGUCCCCCGCAGACCCUGUUAACGGCAAUCACCGGUCUGGAGGGCCGUCGGAGAUCCAGGGCAAUCGAUCUUUCUCGGCGGAUCGAGAGCAUCGGUGACAAAUAUGGGAGCGGGCAAAGCGACUAUGCCCGGCCAAGCGAGGAUCGACUCUAUGAAUGGAGAUACACACAUGAAGGGAGAGAUUGCGACUGCCUGAAGCCUAAAGCGGAGCUGAUUAGUAAAAUGCAUCCACGCGAGCAGCGACGGGGUGACCUCGUUCGGAUACAUCAAGGCAACAUCGGAACGGCAAGCGUGGUGAUGAAGAAUGCAGACGUGCGUGACAGGCUUGCGAGGCAGGAGAACCUGGUUUGCUUUGAGAUGGAGGCAACUGGGGUCAUGUCAAACGUCGCUUGUCUCCCCAUUCGGGGAGUUUCCGACUAUGCGGAUGGACAUAAGAACGAUGCCUGGCAGCCGUACGCUGCGCUAGCUGCAGCCGUAUGUGCCAAGGAGCUUUUGGCGAUGAUGUCCCCAAAGCAUAUUAUUUACUCGCCGCUGGAGCUGGAUGGCCCGGAGUUGGAAAACUAUGUGACGGGCGCGAUCGCCAGCUCUUCCCGUCAUGGCGAUGAUGUACACCUCAUACGGCAGAAAAUGGAAGCGCUGAUGGAUCGACAUGAGCUCGUUGAAGAAAGAUUGGCCCCAGAGUUAGAUAAAUUGAAAGAUAUGUCCCGUGCAGACCUUAAAGAAGUGAGGGACAAAGUGAAGGGCCUGGAGGGGCUGCAAGAGAUGGUGAAGAACUCCCUGCGGGAUCUGACGGUGCAAGUCGAAGAACACAUGAACCUCCACCUGGAGAAAGAUUUUGUCACUCGAGAAGAGUGGCUGGAGCUCAAGAUGCAAGUGGAUCGCAACACCUCCAAAGUGGAAGAUUUGUCCAACAUCACCCAGGGGGCGCUGACCACCACGGAGCAGCUGUUGGGUGAUCUAAGCGGAAGGCUCGAUAAUCCAGAGCUCGCCUGGUUCAGCAAGUGGGCGGCAUAUGCGAACCAAUACUAUGGCCAUCUCGCAAAUGUCGCCAGGGCCUUUAAUAAGGACAAAACGGGACGAGUAGCCGAGGAUCAUGAGCAGAUCACCACGACUCAGGCUGGCAGUUCCAGGGGACCGCACCAAACUGGAGAAAGAACCCAGCCGGCUGCAGACUCUACCAGCACAAAAAAAUGGACGCUGCCCAAAUUCAAGGGGGCUUCAGAUGCCUCCGAUCACAGCCCAUCACGACUACUUUCAUUCCGCUUCGGACGUGCCAAUCCAACCCCCUCAUCAUCGAGAUCUCCUACCACGUACCAAAAUGGCGAGGAUAAUACGGGCAGCGGCCGCUCUCGGUCCCCUGCUUCCACCGACAGUCUCUCGGCAGCAUCGAGCCCUCCCCCAAAUCAAAACCAAAUGCAUCGGGAUGCGGUGCUCCACCGAACUGGUUCUUCUCAAGCUUCGGCUCAGACAAACGUGACGGUGCCCACCCAAACAGAACAUGUUUCUACCUUGACAGAUCGGAGCGACACAUCAGCUGCAUCAACCACUUGGGGUCAGAUCUUAUCCCGGAAUCAGAUCGUUAUUCCUCCUGUCCACGAGAGCAGCCCAACCUUGACUGGCACUCCUCGCCAACCAACGCACCCACUCUCUCCGGCAAAUCGAAACCCAGAGCAAACUUCCGAGCACAACAUUGAGGAGGGCGAUCCAAGUAAGCAAUCACUGAGUGAGAAGAUAUCAAAGUUUGGUGGUGGUGGCGGUUUCAUUCGUCCAAACCGAUCUGGCAGAGAGAGAUAG